GGUCUUUGGUGAGGGAGCGUCCAGGUGGAGCAACAAGCUCAUGCUAAACGUACGUGCGUGUGCUUGAUUGCCUGGAGCUCUCCGCCAAACGCCCGCCUAAACCUACGCCGCCUUUCGCGUGUGUUGGACCAACUCCAUAUCCCCGGCAUCCAACCAUCACCAAACUACCUACCCCACGAACCGCAUACUCCUUCACUGUAGGCAAGAAACAGGCAUUCUCUCUUUUCUACCCUCGGUCCAUUCACAAUGUCUCGCAGAUACGAUUCCAGGACAACAAUCUUCUCUCCAGAAGGCCGUCUAUACCAAGUCGAGUAUGCCCUCGAAGCCAUCUCCCACGCCGGUACCGCCAUCGGCAUCCUUGCCAAGGAUGGCAUAGUGCUGGCCGCCGAGCGAAAAGUGACUUCGAAGCUCUUGGAACAAGACACGUCUGCGGAGAAGCUAUACAUUCUCAACGACAACAUGAUCUGCGCCGUAGCCGGCAUGACGGCCGAUGCCAACAUCCUCAUCAACUUCGCCCGCCAAAACGCCCAGCGCUACCUGCUGACCUACAACGAGGACAUACCCUGCGAGCAGCUCGUCCGCCGCCUGUGCGAUCUCAAGCAGGGCUACACCCAGCACGGAGGUCUCAGGCCCUUCGGAGUAUCUUUCAUCUACGCCGGCUGGGACCCCCAGCGCCAGUUCCAGCUCUACCUCAGCAACCCCUCGGGCAACUAUGGCGGUUGGAAGGCCACCAGUGUCGGCGCCAACAAUGCGAGUGCCCAGAGCCUGCUCAAGCAGGACUACAAGGAGGACUGCAGUCUGAAGGAGGCAUGUGGGAUGGCCGUCAAGGUGCUUAGCAAGACUAUGGAUUCCACCAAGUUGAGCAGUGAGAAGAUCGAGUUUGCCACCGUAGGUCAGACCAAAGACGGCAAGGUUUACCACAGGCUAUGGAGUGCAGACGAGAUCACGGCGUUAUUGAAGGAGCAUGACUUGGCUAAGGACGACAGCACUGAUGACAAAUAAGCGGGGAAAAGCCGUUUCGUCGAGCGGAUGAUGACAUGAUGGAAGUAUGGAGGUUUCAAAUCUUUAGACAGACAGCACAGCACAGCACCAAUGGGGUGGGUGGGCCAACCAAACAAUGCGAAACCCGGGACUUCAAGACGUCUCGCAAGUAAACGCAAAAAGGCCUGUACUGUACCAUUUGUACUAAUAUAACCAAGGCAUGGACGACAAGAACAUUGGAGGCAGACUGGUGCUCGGUAUUUGACACCCCUCAUCUCUCCAUGAUCCUCAUCUCGUACCCACCACUAUAA